AUGUGCACGAGGACGCUGACAGACCUGAUGAAGGGAGGUGAGGUGAGCUCGGUGGAAAACGCCGCGGCCAGUUCGCCCAGCGGAGGGAGAGCUAACGGCGUUUCAGCCAGGAUGCUGCGCAGCAGGAGUGUACAGCAUCUUAUUGUGAAAUUUGAAUUGCACUUGAAACGCACUGCAUUGUGGGGCGAUUUCGUCAGAAGCCAAACUCACUGGAUUCUGGAUUUUGUCACAGACGUCACAGACGAUCAGGAGAGAUACACGACCAGAUACGAGCCGUGUGCCACAGCCGCUGAUGUGCAGAGAACAGUGAUGCUACCGAGCACCCCCUGCUUGAUUAUCCAAGGUGACCUGAUGAAGCCAAAGACUUGGAUGCUAUCCACUGAAGGCCAAGUGGUGAUGGGGCCAGACGACAGCUUCAUCAAUGGGAUAGCAGCCGUUUUUGCAAGCUAUUACAACUUUAAUCUGCAGUAUCCUGAGGACGGCUCAUGUACUCUGGAGUUUAUUCAAAGGUGCUUCUUGGGUAUUAACCCUGAGGUGGGCUCCAAAUCGAAGAAAAAAACAGCUGGGAGGCAUCAACCCACAUGUGAGCACACUCAUGAGAAAACUUGUGGACUUUGAAUGGAUGUCGAUGUAGAUAUAAAGGAUUAAAGUAUAGGGACACCUGGCCAUUACACCAACAGGAACUUUAACAUUCAGGGGCAUUGCAUUCUAAAGACAUGCAUUACAUUACUGAUGGCAAGCUCUAUAUCUCUCUCUCUCUAUGUA